UGCAAAUACUGUAUUUAUCAUAAUAGUUAGGAGAAAAGAAUAAAUAGUUUGCGGAAGUAAAUAAAAUAGUUUACAUGAGCAAAGAAUCAAUUUCUUCGCAUAUGGAGAAAAUACCACUGGAUCCGAUUGUCGCUCUUGCCUCAUUCUUCAUCGAACAAAUUCUGAAAUGGCCUUUAAGGCGUAUCAAACACACUUGUGGCGGCAAGGAAUAGACAAAAAAGAGUGAGAAUUCUUUUCUUUUCUUUUUUUCUUUCCUUCUACUUCCCACUCCCCUUCCUGAAAAUUUUGUAGAUAGUCACACACAGAUGAUAGUAGUCCCUUGAUCUGUGCAAACAAAACCGUCUAUAAAACAAAAAGAAAUCAUUCUUCAUGGAGCAGAAGCAAUCCUUGGCUGAUCAUUCUAAUCAUCAUGAUCCCAUUAUUCAGCAUUUAUACCGCAGCGCAAAGCGCAUCCUACAAAACCAGGUUACGGCGGAUGAAUCAAUGGUAAGUUAUCUUUUACAUGUCGUUGAGGACGCAGAAACACGAUAUGACAAGACCAUAGGUAUGCUUGACGACGAUGUCCAGGAUACCAGCGCGAAAAAACGAACUAUCGGUUAUAUGAAGGAAGGGAUGAAUUUGUUAAGAACAUGCAAGCGCCAAUACAUAUCAAGUCGAUCAUCAUCACCUACACCACUGUCUACCAUCUAUUAAAUUGUGUGUAGAUAAAAUAUGGGACCAGUAAUAAGUCAGUGAGAUUCUUCUUAGUUUUUUAAUUUAAAAGUAAAAAGAAAAGUUGAUUCUUAUAUCUACACUUGAAAAAUUUAUGUCUAUUCUACAUCUGUUUGAAAAUAAAAU